UGGUUAGCAAAAAUAACAUAAAAUCUAAACUGAAAUAUGUCUUAACACAGAUUGUAUUCAAACUUCCGUCCGUCCAUUUUUAUUAGCUGGGUAUAAUAUGUAUAUGUUGGGCAAAGGUAAUACUUUAAAAAAAAAUCAAAGGAAUACGAUCUUCAUGUAGAGUUACGACUUGAUGUUGUAGUUGAAGUGACAUAUUUAUGAAAGCGACCGAUGAUUAACUUAUUAAAAAGAUUAUACAACAAAGGGACAUUACUCUUGAACGAUGCGCGUCCAGUACAACAUGAAGAGCUCGACGAACUUGUGAAAUAAUUUCACGAAAUACUCACCACACGUUGAUCAUGUUAUAUCAGAAAUAAACAUUAUAGCUAGAAGACAAUGGUGGCUCUAUUCCUGCAGAAACAGAAUCAUACAGUUCAAGGACAGUGACUUAGAAAUACAUGAUAUUGAAGAUUGUUUUGACUGCGUUCAUUAUCCAGCUGGAUAAAAAGUGAAGGUACAUGGGCGGAAAUACAAUGUCUGGUUGAAUGUCUAUAUUCCAAACAUGAUGACUUGUCGGCAGACGUAGGACAUCCAGUAGCUGACGUCAUGAAUUGGAGGAUCAACUCGGAUCACGUGACGAUUUGAGCAGAGGAUCGUUUGAGAUUACAGGGUGUCCCAUGUCAACCGAAUCGCUUAUGAGAGGCAAGCAGACGUAGAUAGAUACGUGGCUGGGUGGCAGGAACAGCACGCGCAGGUAAAAGCCAGGUGUAUUGAGUUGCGCUGCGGUUUGUCACAUCAUCCAGCCGUAGCCUGAUCGUGCCAGGAUGUAGAACGUUUCGGGGGACAAGAGACAAAAAGCAAGUAAUCAUUAUCUUAUCAAGUCAAGUUUACAAACCAAAAGACGAUAAUUGGACUUGGGGAAUUAUAUCACAGACAUCACUAACUAUCAAGCAUGGGUAAGCAAGAAAAGGGAGGAUGGUGUCGGACAAUUAUGAAGAUAAUGUUCUCCCACAUUGGGCUGUGUGGUUUGGUGGCACUCUACUGUGCUGCAGGAGGAUUCAUCUUCGAACAUCUUGAAAAGUCCAACGAGGAACAAAUCUGCUACGACACAUACAAGGAAUACAUAGUCAUGGAAAACGACUCGCUCUCAAAGAUCCAACAGUUAGUUGAAGACUACGAAGGCAAUCCGGACAAGUCCACGCUGAAGUUUCAGCUCCAAGGAAUCCUUCAAAUCUACCGCGACAACAGUAUAAACAUAGGAUACGACGGAGGCAACUGCUCAGCGUACGGACUGGUAGACGGUCCGAAGUACAAGUGGUCCUGGUCCGGAGCCUUCUUCUUCUCCGUCACAGUGAUCUCUACCAUCGGGUACGGCCACAUAGCUCCGAAAACGUUCUGGGGAAGAUUGGUCUGCAUAGCGUACGCGGUACUUGGUAUACCGCUAAUGUUGUUGUGCCUCGCUAACAUUGGGGACGCUCUGGCGGAUGUGUUCCGCUUUAUAUAUGCGAAGAUCUUCUGUUGUGGAUGGUGCAGGAAGAAGGAAAAAACCAGCAAAGUCGUAAAGAUCAAACCAACGGAAAGCGAGCCACCGAACUGGAGCGAGAAAUCACGCAUUGUAAACAACCCUCAAAACGUGCGUAGAGAACCCCCGAGCAUCAAGGAUAACCUUGAUAAGGUUGACGAUCAACGUGACAACGGGGUCAAGGUCGUUCCUCUGAACAUGAAAAACACCGGGUCAAGUGUCGUUCAAAGGACCCCACCACCAAAAAACCCCGAAUAUGACAGCGAGUCAGACGACGACGAUGACGACGAUGACAUCGAUAGCAGCAUCACUAUUCCUCUUACGGUGACCAUGGUUGUCAUAGGAACCUACAUCUUUGGCGGUGCCGUGUUGUUUGGACUCUGGGAAGGAUGGGAUACCCUCCAAUCGUCCUACUUCUGCUUUAUCACGCUCAGCACAAUCGGCUUUGGUGACGUUGUCCCGGGAACAGAUUUCGACAAUCCAAGAGCGCAUGCACAGCUCGUCCUUGGCGCUAUAUACGUGAUGUUUGGAAUGGCUAUUCUUUCCAUGUGCUUCACACUCAUGCAAGAUGAAAUUAUCUCCAAAUGCAAGUGGAUUGGACAAAAACUUGGCUUGAUUGACAAAGACGAGGAUAGCGACUGAGACACAACUCCAUGUAGCGAACAUGUGUUUGUCCUUGUGUCCCCCUGUUCAACAUCAAAGUGCCAUUCUCUGAUUCUUUCAGAAAUAUUUUUGACAUUCUGCAAGCCUUUACACAUGUGAUACUUAAUAUAUAUAAUUUAAAUAAAGAAGUAUUGCCAGAGUAAGAAAAACCUUUUGCUAUAAUGAACAUAGCGUAUGAUAAUGUUUUCUUUUGGAAAAAGGUGGGGUUAAUGAUUUUUCUAAUUAUAAGUAGCAACUACAUAUUCAGUAUACUUUGCAAUGAACCCGAACGUACCCCUUGUUCUGCAUUUUACAUCAUUUCUAAUGAUUCUACAACAAAGUCGUUGGUGGCGUAUUUCGAUGAGCUGAACAUAUUUCAUCAUAUUCAGCCGGCAAUGAACGCAUGCACAAGUGAUUGCACGUACUCUGAAACACUUCAUCGACGGACGCUACAAACAAACGGAAUAAAAUGUGAUGAAUGCGAGACUAAGAAAAAAUGAGAGUGUGAAAUUAAUCAUAAAGCUAACUCUAUAUUCGCUCUUGGAAAAAGUAAUACCAAUAAACGCGUAGCCUUUAUCUGGAUUUUAAAUUCUUUAAUCUCUGAUCUCGUCUUUAAAUAAGUGCGAGAGCAUUAAUACAUAUGCAUUACUAUACAAACAAGUAUAACGUUGUAUAUAUGUGUAUCAAUGACAUAUCGAACUUCUAUUACCGGAAGCGGAAGUGAAGUGACGUUGUUUCAGCAACAUUGAAUUGCAGUCUGAUUUGCAUAUUUUGUUAUGGGGAACAGCUGUUAUGAUCAAGGAUUUUUUUAUCUGCUGAUUUAUCAUUAUAACUUGGUUAAUGAAUUUUUAAACAAAUUUUAAAGAUGUGAUUAUCGUGCCUAUCUACUACAUUUGUUAUUACAAUAUCUGCUGAAUUUCCUUCAAAUUAUUUUUUUGCUAAAAAUUUAUAUCAUCCUAUACAUGUAGCUUUAAAAUUGUCACACGAGUAUUUCCCGAUUUUGUUUGCGAUUGCCUCUAAAGGUAUGUUUUGCAAUAUUUUACUUUUGUUCCUCAGUAAUAUUUCAAAUUUUAAAUCAUUUUAUUUAUGUCUAUAUGUUUA